AUGCCGGCAGGCGCCGUCGCCGCGCCUCCCGCGCCGCUCACGCCUGCGCGCCCAGCUCGUCGGCAUGCCGGAAGGCUUCGGCCAGAGUCUCGCCCCGGACCAAAACGAGAUCCUGCUCGCCGAGAUGCGCUUCUCCGAACCAGACAAGCUCCCCGCCCUCGUCCAGAACAACCUCCCCUCCCUCGACGAUUCCUUCUACGCCUUCCUCCAAUCCAAGAUCGACUCCUCCGCAGACAUCCCCGAGCGCGACACCCUACGCGACCUCCGCGACGCCAUCACCCACAUCAUGAAGCAACUCUACGACCAAGCCGCCAAGGCGGACACCCCCGCCGCCGCCGCCGCCGCCGCCGCCGCCGAACAGGAGCAGCCCCAAGCCCCCGCCAUCGACAUCCCCUCCUCCGGCCAGGACGUCGCGACCGCCACGUACGACGAGCUGCUGGACCAAUUCUCCGCCGCCUUCUCGGAAAGCGCCGCCGCCCUCAAGACCACCAUCGACGCGUCGUACGACCGCAUCGACCUCACAUUGCUCGAGCGUCUCGGCGAGCGCAUCGCCGAGGGCGGCCCUCAGGCCCAGAACUGCCACGAGAUCCGUGA